UGUUAAUUUACGUGGCACAACGAAAAUGAACGGGAUAACGCUAUUAUUUGCUGCUUUAUUAGUGGGAUGUUGCCUGAUAUCCGCGAUUAACGCUAAGCAAGCUGUCGACUGCAUGCAAGCCCAGUCCCGUGCUCCCAAAUCCUCUCUGUGGAUCCCACAGUGCGACGCCCAGGGCGCCUACCAAAUCACCCAGUGUAACCGCAAAAAGGAGUGCUGGUGCGUCAGCCCCAGCGGGCAGCGCCUGGGUCCCGUAUGGGGCCGCUACAAAAUGCCCCGUCUGACCGACGACCCGACAUGGAUGCCCACCGAUAGCAAGGCACCGCGGCCCACCUGCGAGAUGGUCAACGAGAUGUGGGCCCGCCAGACGCCGCUGCUGCGCCAACGCUAAGAACCGGCGCGCGCUGCGGCUAUGCCGUUUAUGUACACCUGCAUCGAACGUCAGACGACAAUGACCGCGUUUCACUAAUAAACCUUAACCUGAUUUCCGUUUGUGGUGUUUGGCUUAAACUGAUGAUGUUUAUCGGCCGAUCGUCGGCACGGUUAAUUAGACAGAUUAAAGUGGAAAAUCGGUGAAUGAAA